GAUGCAUCCACUCAAGCCGCUCUUCUUUUCUGUAACAUCCAGCUCCUCUGUUCACUGAUCACGAUCGACUGUUUGUUCUUUGCCUCGUGGUCCGCUUUGUUUGGCAUAUACGUGGAAUGCUUGCUUGACCUCAGCCAAUCCAGGAGAUAACAGAACUCAGAUCCUCCUCUCCUCCUGACUGACGAGACCGCAAGAAUCAUGGACGUCAAUGCAAAGCUCGACGCCAUUCUCACCAAGCUCACUCAGCUCGAGCAAGGCCAAGCAGACCUCAAACAGAAAGAUGCCGUCCUCUCCACCACAGUAGAAGCCAUCAACGGCCGAGUCAACGCCCUCGCAGGAGUCAAACUAUCCAGCACCGGUAUCGCUCACGAUGCCUCCUAUCCCAGUCCCAAAUUCGGUCCCAGCAGUCCCAAACUCCCUCCUCGCGGCCACCACCAGCGAGACAGCAUCAGCUCCAUCGACGAGACAGCCAAGGAACCCACCAACAGCACUGCAGAAGCAACCCCAGACUCCGCUACCGCCAUCCGCCGUCCAAGCGUAGCAACCUCCAAAAUCAUCCUCACCUCCUACCCAGGUCAAUCCGGUGUCGACCCCCUCCCCAUGUCCUGGGGCGCCUCCUCCCCUCAAGUUCGCGGUCCCGUAGUCGUCUCCCGCAACCCGUCCACCAUCCGCCGACGCAACGCCAUCGGUGCUCACGGCGGCUCCUACAGCAUCUACUACGCCCUCGCCGUCGCCGCCAAACAAAUCGACACGGCCCACAAACCGGACUACACCAACACCGAACCCGCCGUACACAUCGGUCCUUUCCCCGCAUGGUCAGACCCGAAGAAAAUCGUCGCUAUGGAUCCUCUCGGCCACCUCGCGCCGUGGAUGUUCAAGGACAUCAUCCGUGAGGAAGGAGUGGAGAUUCGUCCGACCAUCGCCAUUACGAAAGCGCACAUGAAAGUCCCGGAGCUGGAAGAGAGUGUACGUCUUGGCCGGCUUGUACCAGAUGGGAAAAUCUGCCUCAACGAAACGGGCGAGCUGAACGUCACGAAAUUCGCCGUCGAACCAGUGUGGUACCUCCCCGGCGUAGCCGAACGCUUCGGAAUCGACGAGGGGACCCUCCGGCGGUCACUCUUCGAACACACGGGCGGUUCAUACCCCGAGCUCAUCACGCGGAACGACAUCAAAUUGUUUCUCCCUCCCAUCGGCGGACUAACAGUCUACUGCUUCGGCGACCCAGAGAAGAUGUCCAACCCGGAUGUGAAGUUAAGUCUACGUGUGCACGACGAGUGUAACGGGAGCGACGUCUUCGGCUCAGACAUCUGCACAUGUCGUCCGUACCUCAUCUUCGGAAUCGAGGAAGCAGUCAAAGAAGCGCAGCGAGGAGGCAGCGGAGUGGUAAUCUACUUCCGCAAAGAAGGGCGUGCACUGGGUGAAGUCACAAAGUAUCUCGUCUACAACGCCCGGAAACGAGGCCUAGAUCGUGCGAGCGAGUACUUCAAACGGACCGAAAACAUCGCCGGAGUCAAAGACAUGCGCUUCCAAGCUCUCAUGCCCGACAUCCUACACUGGCUCGGCAUCACCAAGAUCGACCGCAUGAUGUCCAUGUCCAACAUGAAGCACGACGCGAUCGUGGAGCAGGGGAUUCCGAUUCACGAGAGAGUUCCGAUUCCGGAUGAGAUGAUUCCCGAGGAUAGUAGGGUGGAGAUUGAUGCGAAGAUUCAUGCGGGGUAUUUCACGACAGGCAAGAUUAUGACGGUAGAGGAACUGAACGAGGUCAAAGGUCGGGCAUGGGAGGAUGUAGAUCACUAG